AUGACACGCCGACUUACCCUCAGUGGCAGUCGAUCUGAAAUGGGCUUGCUUGAGGAAUCGGCUUCUGAACCAGAGACACCACCUCCAAGUUGGACUCCGGCCAAGCAGGACUUUUGGAAAAAGCCUUCAAAAUGGCAGGUCUGCAUGCCGCGUCUGCGUGUGGUCGCCAAGGUCGUGGCCGCUUUCAUGUGCUUCAUUGUCCUUCUCAAAGUCGUGAACCAGAAACCACCACCGCCACCUAAGACGGCGCCUCCUGCACCUCCAAAGCCGCCCACAGAGGAAGAAUUGAUGGAAAAGGCAAAGAGAGAGGACUGGAUUUGGAAAGAUUUCACAACACACGAUGGCUUGACACGUGGGACGUCGCAUCUCCGGUCCUGCGCAACAGGCGAGAUUGACUGCAAGAACAAUGCACCACAGAUGAUCCGCUACGAUGGUUACCAUAGCCUCCAGGAACCAAUCGAACAGAUCGUGCCUUGCAUAGGACCCCGCGGCCUUCCAUUGAACGAAAGUCAAGAGGAUGCUAUUUGGGCGUAUCCUGGCCGUGCAGAUGGUGCUGUCGACCCCGUGUUAGGUUCCUACGAGGCGUCCGGCCUCGAUGGUGAUGUCUCGUUUGACCGCAUCGGUCGUUUCCAGGCGUACGGCUUGGACCAGUUUGAUGCGGCUGAUAUAGAGGAGAUGAAGAAGACCAGCGAUGUCGAUUGGGACACUGUCGACUGGGGUGAAUUGCAGGAUACUUGUGUCGCCGCCAACAAACAACGAUUCAAGCCAGUCAAGGAGCGCCUGCAAAGCUCGAUUCAAUACUCCAAUAUCCGGCACAAGCACGAUCGAGAACCACCAAAAGCUCUUACCUCUACCAUGGAACCCGGUUUAGUAAACAAGGCCAAGCGCACUGCGAUCCUCAUCCGCGUCUGGACCGGGGCCAAAUGGACUGCCGACGCUGUUAUGAACAUCCGUGCAAUGGUCGCCGAGGCUUCUUUGGCCAGUGGGGGAAAGUACCAGGUGUUCCUGCUGCUCCAUGUCAAGGAUGAAAGUGUGCCGCUGUUUGUGGGCGAGGAUGAACCGCAGGCAACCAUUGAAAAGCAUAUCCCUCCGGAGUUUAGAUCGAUGACAGAGGUCUGGAAUCACGCCCAAAUCCGCAGCCUCUAUUCCAAUUUGGCCGACCACGCGUUUGUUGGUCGAUCGCCGUGGAUGAUCAUCCAAUGGUUCGCUCGCAACCAUCCCGAAUUCGACUUCUUCUACCAAUGGGAGUUCGACGUACGCUACACCGGCCACUACUUGGAUUUCUUCGAGUCAGUUUCUGAGUUCGGCAGGAGACAGCCACGGAAAGGGAUAUGGGAGCGAGCUGCCAGAGUUUACAUCCCUUCCGUUCACGGCGAUUUCGACACGGAGUUCCGCGACAGAGUUCGCGAGGAGGAUCCGCACCGUGUCUGGGGCCCAGUGUCUGUGGAAGGCGUCAAGCCGCGUGGGCCGAAGCCUCCCAAGAAAGAGGUUGAAGACAACUACGAAUGGGGUGUGGGCGAAGAUGCCGACUGGAUUGGCUUUCUCCCGAGUUUCAACGUUACAGGGACGAACUGGUGGUUCCGAGAUUACCUCUGGGGUUAUGCUCAAGGCAAAUCCACGCCGAGAAGAGCCACUCUUAUCGCUCAAGGAAGGGUCAGUCGACGUGUCCUGGAGAUCAUGAACUAUGAGAACGCCGAAAAUGGCCACCACAUGGAUGCCGAGAUGUUCCCUCAGACAAUGUGCCUACACCAUGGCCUCAAAUCCACCACGUUCCCUCAUCCCAUAUUCGCGGACCGCCAUUGGCCUGCGGAUGCACUGCAGUCAACAUUCAACGGAGGGCCUUUCGGACAAGCGGGUGGGUACUGGAACAGCACCUUCAGCAAGUGGAAUGAAUAUGCCUGGACAAAUAUGACCUGGUAUUACAGCUCAGCUCUGGCCAAGCCGGUUUAUCAGCGACUCCUCGGCGUCACCGCGGGCGAAAGUGGUGGGCAGGAGUGGGAAGAUGCCUACGGCAGAACCGUGGUCCGCCCCAUGCUGCUGCAUCCCGUCAAGGGUGGUAAAUCCUGGCAAUGGACCGAAGACGGGUGGCUUCAGACAAAAGGUGGAAAGUAG